AUGGGAUCGAGCACGGCGCGGACAGGCCAGAUACCCCUCAAGUGUGCGUCUCCCUCGCACAGUUCUGCUUGUGUCCCCUUUUCAGUGUUCUGCACGCGAGCAAGCUCUCUCCCGAGCACCCCAGCCCAGGGGCAUCAUGCUCCUCCGGCACACACGAUGACGAUCAACGACCUCUUCCUCAAGGAUGCCUUCCUCGUCUUCCGAUCCAUGUGCAAGCUCACAAUGAAGCCCCUCAGCUCGAAAAGCGAGCGCGACCUCAAGUCGCACGCGAUGUGCUCCAAGCUGCUCUCCCUGUACACGGUACUCGUCAUCCUCAACGCGCACAUGGACGUCUUCGUCUUGCCCUCGUCGCUCAUCCACUCGAGCUCGUCCCACGAGGCGACGCCGUUCGUGCAGAUGGCAAACCAGUACCUCUGCCUCAGCCUCAGCAGGAAAGCAGCCAGCCCUGUCCUGCAGGCGUUCGAGAUCAGCGUCGAGAUAUUUUGGCGCGUGAUCACGGGCCUCCGGACGAAGCUCAAGGUGCACAUGCGCAAAGAGAUCGAGGUCCCGUUCCACGAGAUCUUUUUCCCAAUCCUCGAGAUGAAGACGUCGACGCUGAAGCAGAAGGCCGCCAUCUUGGGUAUGCUGUCACGCCUUUGUCACGAUCCGCAGGCACUCGUCGAGAUUUAUCUCAACUAUAAUUGCGACAGCCAAGUCGCAGACAACAUCUACGAGCACCUCAUGAACAUCAUCACCAAGAUCGGCACCAGCAUGCUCCCGUCCGCCGCGCAGCAGAAGCCGGCGGACCCUGCGAGCCCCGCGCUGACACCCACGAGCAAGGUGCACGCGCCGGGCAUCCCGCCGUCACUCGUGACGUCCGCCGUGGCCGUCUCAGGCUCGCUCGAUACAUCCGCGCUCGGCCACUCGGAGCAGCAGCUCUGCCGCCAGAGCCUCGAGUGCCUCACUGCCGUGCUACGCUCGCUCGUCGCGUGGGGCACCACGCCCGACUCGGCGUUGGCCGCGGCCGCGGCGAGUGCGUGGCGCACCAGCGUCGGCGAGGACGGGUGCCCUGAGGGAUUGACGCCCGACGCGUCGCAGUCACUGGAUAGGCUCCCGACGGGUGGCCCGAGCGCGGAGGCGACGAGGCAGCCGACGCCAGGUAUCCACGACGACCCGGGCCGGUUCGAGAGCGCGAAGCAGAAGAAGACGAUGUUGCUGGAGGGCGUCAAGAAGUUCAACCUUAAGCCGAAGCGAACGGGGUUCAUUCUGAGUAAGGCGCCGCAGGAUGUCACACGGUUCUUGUUGCAUACCGAUGGGCUGAGCAAGUCGAUGAUCGGUGAGUACCUCGGCGAAGGGAGAACAUCGCGACCAUGUACACGUUCGUCAACAUGCUCGACCUGCGGAGCAUGCCCUUCGUCGACGCGCUGCACGUCUACCUGCAGGCGUUCCGCCUGCCCGGGGAAGCGCAGAAGAUCAAUCGGUUCAUGCUCAAGUUCGCCGAGCGCUACAUCGAGGGCAAUGCGAACACACCGUUCGCGAACGCCGAUGCGUGUCCCGCGCGCUGCUCAUCCGCGCGCGCGUCUGACGCGCCACGGCCCCGUUCCCGUUGCAGACACCGCCUACGUGAUCUCGUACUCGGUCAUCCUGCUCAACACGGAUGCGCACAAUCCGCAGGUGAAGAAGCGCAUGACGCGCGCAGACUUCGUGAAGAACACCCGCGGGAUCAACGAGGGCGCGGAUCUCCCCGAGGAGCUGCUGUCCGCCAUCUUUGACGACAUCGUGAACAAUGGGAUCCGGAUCAAGGAUGAGGUGGACUCGAGCCUGGUCGCGUCGCUCGCGCCGGGUGCGGGGCUGGCGAGCGCGCUCGCCACGGUCGGGCAGGACUUGCAGAGGGAGGCGUAUAUGCUGCAGUCGAACGGCAUGGCGAACAAGACCGAGGAGACGGACAACCUGGAUGUCGUGGAGCUCUGCCUCGACGGCUUCCGGAAUGCGAUCCGGAUCGUGUGCUUCUUCGACCUCGAGCUGGAGCGCAACGCGUUCGUGACGACGCUCGCAAAGUUCACGUUCCUGAACAACCUCGGGGAGAUGAAGACAAAGAACAUGGAGGCGGCCCAGAUGCUUCUCGACGUCACAGUCAUGGAGGGCAAUAACCUCAAGGGCUCGUGGCGCGAGGUGCUCUCGUGCGUGAGCCAGCUGGAGCAUAUGCAGUUGAUCAGCAGCGGCGUUGACGUCCUGGAUGCGCGCAAAGGUUACGUCACGCGUGCUCCGAUCGUGUUUGCGUGGACGCGUGUCGACUUCAAACUCUGCUCUACGCGCACGAGACGACUUGUAAUCAUAACCAUGACAGACCCCUGCUCCUGUACUUGUGCCGCUCGGGUAUAUCAUGAGAGACUUUACGCGUGCGCUAACCUCGGUAUGGCAUAUUACUUCUUGUCCUUCAAGCUCUCCCACCAUGUUUCAUUUGUCUGCAAGUUUCGACAUUCCUACCUCGCAGCCUUCCAAGUUUCAACUCGGUCGGUCGGAUUGGCAAGGUCCCACGGCGCCCUCUAUGUUGUUAGCAACACGACAGCUCAGGCAACUCGGUAUUUUAGUAGAAGAUCGUCGUCGUCCCUACAAGAACCUUUUGCAUUCAAGCUUUCGAUGCCUUCCGUGUCACAGGAGUGCCUCAAUGCCCUCGCCUCCCGGGUCAAAUCUUCACUCAAGCUCUCGCGCACGCUCAAAGUUCAACAGGCUGCUGCGCAGAGUACCAUCUCCAUGCUCAAGUCGAAGGUUUCCUCGCUCGGGUCACUCGCCCAGGCAUCCCAGACCGUGUCACCGCCGAGAUCCUGUGCAUGCCCGACGCCACUCUUGCCCUCUCGACCCGCUCGAGCGUCGAACCUAACCCUCGAUCCCGCCUGCGCACGCUCGGUUCUCUUCAGUACACGCAUCCAUUUGCCUGCGACCCAAAGUUAUAUGCGGAGAGGGAGGCCGAGAGUCACCAAGGCGUGUACCUACCGCUCUGAUCCUUUCUGCCUACCCCUUGUUCGACCUGCGACCCUGCGACGCCCUCGAUCUCUGACGCCAAGCCCGUUCGCUCACUUGAUUCCCUCAAUAGCCAAUUCUGCCUUUGUGCCCAUGCGUGAACGCGCGACCCCUCGACGCCAUGCACCCGCCUUUGCAUGCUAUCCCCCCCACACCUGCCCGCCACCGAAUGCCCUCGAUCCCUUUCAUCCCUUGAGCUCACGCAUCCGCCUUCGCCUGCGACCCAGAUCCGACCCAGAUCCGCUUCCGCAUGACUCAUCCAGCUCGCGCACGCGUGCACGCACAACCUCUCGACGGCCCCUCGACCACUCCUCCCUCGUCCUGGAUCGUUGCCGAAACCACAGGCACACUCGACCCCGUGCGCGCUUGACCCCUCAUCCCCUCAUCCUCGUCGCCCUCGUCCUCUCGAGUUUGCGCACACUCGAUCUCACAUUCGUCAACAGUCCCAUCCUCGACCUAACCUAACUGGCUGGUAGCGUAGGAAGAAGAGGACCGGCGGCGGCGGCGGCGGCGGCUGAGAGACGGGCUGGGAACAUGGAUGGGCGUGGAGGACGAGGAAAUUUAUGGGGAGAUGCACGCUCGCUGAGCAGGACGAGCGUCAUGAAGCCCACGCACUCCACGUUUCCGGCCGUGCAUCCCUUCGAC